AUGACUAGGAGAAAAGACAAAGCUGUGAUUCAGAAUUCUCCUGCGAAGAAAGCUGCGGUUAAAAGCCCUUCCAAAGAUUCUGUCAAGAAGAAGAGUACCUCUGCAGGACCUGUAAAAACCAGAACUAAAAGUAUUGGAGUUAGUCCCUCAAAUGGAAGGCAAGAGUUGUUGAAGAAUAUGAGUCUGAUGUUGAGAUUGGCCCUUGAGAGGGAAUUGGCUCAGAAUGCUCGUGACUGUAAGGAUAUAAUGGAAUUGAUUGAGGCUUCUGGACUAAUCAAAACUGUUGUCCAUCUGAGUAAAUGCUAUGAAACGCUGGUCAAAGAGUUCAUAGUAAACCUCUCUGAAGAGUGUUCUGACAAAAAAUCCAAGGAGUUCAGAAAAGUGUUUGUAAGAGGAAAAUGUGUUAACUUCUCGUCCACUGUGAUUAACAACCUAUUGGGAAGGUCUGAUGAAGCUCAACCUGAGCUUAAACUCUCUGAUAACAAGGUAUGCCAAGUUAUCACUGCAAACCAAGUCAGGAGCUGGCCAUUGAAAGGAAAAUUGUCUGCUAGUAAACUAAGCAUGAAAUACACAAUACUGCAUAAGAUUGGGGCUGCUAAUUGGGUGCCAACAAAUCACAAGUCUAUUGUUUCAACUGUUCUUGGAAAAUUUAUCUAUGCUGUUGGUACAAAUGCAAAGUUUGACUAUGGUACCUACAUUUUUUAG